CCGAAAGUGUCAGGGUCAAUGCAGUGGAAGAAGGGAACACGACGAGCGACCAAGCAAAACCCAACCAACCCCUCCCUCCUCCAGUCCCAGUUCUCCACGCCCCCCUUCCCCCUCCACUAGUCUCCGGUCUCGAUCCUUCGAGAAGACCGCUGACGCCGCGCCCCCCGCCGGCCGCACCCGUCCAUACGGUGAAAGCCUCGGGCCAAUCUCCUCUCCCACUUACUUAUCGUCGCCGUCGCCGCGCCGCUCAGAUCUCCGCCGCGCCUUCGCGCGAUCCCCCAUUGGAGGAGAUCCGGCCUGCGCGGGCGCACGAGGACUUGUUUUCAUCAACUGACUGGUGAAAUGCUUGCUUGGUGAUGUCUGGGUAUGAUUUGGGCGUUGUUUAUAAUGCAGUUGGCUUCUCAUGGCACUCGGUCAGAAGAAACAAUGCAGUUUGUACCCCAUUGUGAUCAUGAGGAAGUGUCAGAUUUGCAGCCAAUAAGCUCACAACUAAACACAGUCGAGGGAUCCACAGAACAUCUAGCCUCAUGUGAAAUCAAGCCAGUUAGCAUUGAUGAUGACAAUGAAAAUAUUGACGCCAAUGAAGAAACUCACCUUGUUAUUCAAGAUGUCCCUCAAUGUCGGAUUUGCCUUGAUAAUGAAGGUGAUGACUUGAUUGCGCCAUGCCGUUGCAAGGGAACACAGAAGUAUGUCCAUAGGUCCUGCCUUGAUAACUGGAGGUCGACAAAGGAAGGUUUUGCAUUUUCACAUUGCACUGAGUGUCGAGCUGCAUUCUUGCUUCGUGCAAAUGUACCUCCAGAUAGAUGGUGGUUAAGGUUGAAGUUUCAACUUCUGGUAGUUAGGGAUCACACAUUGAUCUUCUUUAUUGUGCAACUGGUAGUUGCUUUCUUGGGUAUGGUGGUAUACAGAUUUUAUGGAGAUGAACUGCGAGAAAUGUUUGGUUAUGAAGAGCACCCAUAUGCUUUCUACGCCAUGGCAAUAUUGGCUAUUGUUUUGGUUGGUUUGCUGUAUGGGUUCUUCAUUGCUAUAAUAUGUGGGCAGAGGAUAACUGAACGGCAUUACCAUGUUCUUGCAAAGCAAGAGCUAACCAAGGAGUAUAUCGUAGAGGAUCUUGAAGGAGCUGAUCAAGUGCCAGACCUUGAUCCUAGCCAUGUUACAGAGUUGAAGGUAUUGGGACUCUAUUGAACAUAGCUGCACAUAACAUCAGAUAAACAUCGAUGAUGAAUCGGGAAAAGCAUACUGGAAACAAAUCCUAGGUUGAUUUGCAAGAAAUACAUAUAUCAUUUGCCACUUACCUGGAGAAAUGAAAAAUGGGCCUUUGCACGGCCCAUGGACUCUUGAAAUCGUUUGAAGCCAUGUGAAGAUUCUUUGGUCUCAGACUCAGUGUAGGUUUGAUAACUCUCAAACAAGAUAAUAGCAUUAAUUGCCACGCAUCUCAACGGACGAGGAAGAUUAUGAUAGAAGUGCUGGGAUGCCAGUCUGAAUGGACAUUUUUGUAAAGUAGUAGCAUAUUUCUAUUCUUUCUUUAUUCAGGUUCACAAUAAACACAUAACAGCUAAGAUGCAAAUGCGCUGUUCGCUGUACAUGCCUUGCAAAAUUUUAUUGUCAAACACAAUCCUUUGUCCACCGAUUGUGUUCAUCAAAUCGAUGAACUAAAUAAUAUACCCGGGAGCUGGAGAUGCGCAAAA